GUCUGUUCUUUCUAUCAUGGCAUCAUUUGUUGGGAAGGAUGUUCACCUAUAUUAAUACUGAAGGAGCCUUUGGAGCAGUAUGAACAUUUGUGUUUCAGAAAGAUAGGAGCUAUCAUUUUCUGUGGGCUGGGUGCCACCCCUUGUAACAUUGCAAUCAUCCUACCUUGUAUAUAAUUUGUUGCUCUGCUCCUUCCCAUAUCAUUCAUUGAGAUCUACAGAAGGCAAACAUUUCUAAUAAGGAGUUUCUCCUCUCUUCUGCCCGUGCAUUAUCCAAUAAUGAUAAUGGAGAUAUGUAGUGGGGCAUUCACGCGGGCAUUUGCUGCAGAACUUUUGGGAACUUUGAUAUUUGUCUUCUUUGGACUUGGCUCGACAUUGACUUGGCCAUCACAACUACCGACAGUCUUGCAGAUAUCCUUUACAUUUGGUCUGGGCAUUGGGACGCUUGUCCAGUCCAUUGGGCAUAUCAGUGGUGCACAUCUUAAUCCAGCUGUGACUGUGGCAUUCCUGGUGUCAUCUCAAAUUUCCUUGUUUCGUGCCAUUUGUUAUGUCUGUGCCCAAAUGUUGGGAGCGGCGAUUGGAGCUGGCUUGCUAUAUGAAUUUACUCCAGAAGAAUUCCAUGGAAACUUUGGUGUUAAUGGGCCAAGCAACAAUGCAACAGAAGGACAGGCCGUCACGGUGGAGAUCAUCUUAACGCUGCAACUUCUGCUUUGCAUUUAUGCCUCUACAGACAAUAGGCGGGAUGACAAUGUAGGAUCACCUGCACUCUCCAUAGGACUCUCAGUUGUGCUGGGUCACCUGGUUGGGAUUUAUUUCACUGGCUGCUCUAUGAAUCCAGCACGCUCCUUUGGACCAGCACUGAUAGUGGGAAACUUCACUUCACACUGGAUCUUCUGGAUUGGACCUAUGGUGGGAGCCAUACUUGCAUCAUUGAUCUACAACUAUGUGCUAUGUCCCCAAGAGCAAACCUUCCGUGAGAAACUAGCAAUUCUAUUAGGGAAAAUGCCAUCCAUUGAAGUAGAAGAAGAUUGGGAAGAAAGACAGGAACAGCCUCGGAGAAAGUCAAUGGAACUUCAGACCUUGUAACCUCUUGUGAAAAUCAGUCAUGGAAAAAACAUUUUAUUAUGUAUAAAUUUACAUUGUUCAAAUGUACCCUGAAGGAAAAGGUUUAUGAUGUCUAAUGAUAAUUUCACAUAUCACUGAAAAGAACUUGUAUAGUAAGUUGGAUUCUAGAUAAAAAAAAGAGCUGAUAUGAACUUUCUUACAUUUAUCUAUCCUUCAUUCUUGUUUACUAAGCACAAAGAAUGGAUAACCCCUACCUCCAAUCUUUAGAUGUUUCUGGAUCUUUCAGUGUUGUGAAAUCAAGGGUCCCCUCUUCAUGCAGGUCCUAGAAAAUCAGGACAAAGAUCCACACAGGGCUCCCACUCAGUAGUGUA